GGGAACUCGCUGGAGGAGGAGCAGGGCAGGGGGCUCGAGGACGGGGUGUCCCUGCCUGGGGAAGUCCCGCGGGGAGGGACGUUGAUUUUGAGGUAGGGUUUCGGGGAGAGGAAGCAAGAGCCAUUUCCUGCCUUCAGCGAGGACCGUCCUGGGAGGGCUCCCCCACCAGUUGCCCAAUAGUGACACUCACGUCCGCCCCUCGCUGGCUCCUAUUUCACCAGCUCCUGCAGUGACAGCUGGUGGGCCUAGGAGAUGAAGUUCCCCACUCCCCACCCUGGUCUCCCACCCUCCGCACUCGCCCCACAGAAUCGAUUGAUUCCUGACACCCCCUGGCAAAGCACUGGGGGUUGGGGAGCGCUGAUGGCCUGGGGCUGGCUCUGAGACCUGCCAGGUAGCGAGUGUGGCUGAUUUCCAGAGCGGACCCUAGCUUGCAGAAAUGGCUUCAAGGCCUUCUCCUUGGGCCACCCUCAAAGAUCUCUUUGCUUUCUGAAAGCUGCCUUCCCAUUGCCCUCACCUGUACCUGAGGACAUCCCCUUUGGAGCUCCUGGGGAGAGGCUGGACAGAGCUAGGACCCAGGUGGAAGCUGUCGUGAGAAGAAUCUGAACAAGGAUGCAUUUUCUCCUUAGGGUCUGUGGCCCUGUCCCCAGGAGGAGGUCCCCUGGGUUGCCAUGAGAGAGACUUUCGAAGCCCUCAGCUCCCUGGGAUUCUCUGUGGGACAGCUGAAGAUGGCCCCCCAAAGUGAGCCUGGGGAAGGGUCCCAUAAUGCCCAGGAGCAGAUGUCCCCUCCCAGGGAAGAGAGAGCCCUGGGCACGUGCAAGGGGCACGAGGCCCCCAGAGUGGAGGAAGGCGCCCACACUGAACAGGCUGAGGCUGCCUGCAGAGGAGGCCAGGCGCGCACACCACAGAAGUCUGAGCUCAUGGGCUCCUGCCCAGGGGACGAGUGGAUGAUUCGGAAGGUGAAGGUGGAGGAGGAGGAUCAGGAGGCAGAAGAGGAGGUCGAAUGGCCCCAGCAUCUGUCAUUACUCCCCGGCCCUUUUCCCGCGCCUGACCUGGGGCCUCUCGCCGCCGCAUAUAAGCUGGAGCCGGGCGCCCCAGGGUCAUUGGGUGGGCUCGCCCUGGCGGGGUGGGCCCCGGCCGCGGAGAAGCCCUAUGGCUGCGGGGAGUGCGAGCGGCGGUUCCGGGACCAGCUGACCUUGCGGCUGCACCAGAGGCUGCACCGCGGCGAGGGCCCCUGCGCCUGCCCGGACUGCGGCCGCAGCUUCACGCAGCGCGCGCACAUGCUGAUGCACCAGCGCAGCCACCGCGGCGAGCGGCCCUUCCCGUGCUCCGAGUGCGACAAGCGCUUCAGCAAGAAGGCCCACCUGACCCGCCACCUGCGCACGCACACCGGCGAGAGGCCCUACCCGUGCGCAGAGUGCGGCAAGCGCUUCAGCCAGAAGAUACACCUGGGCUCGCACCAGAAGACGCACACGGGCGAGCGACCCUUCCCCUGCACUGAGUGCGAGAAGCGCUUUCGCAAAAAGACGCACCUGAUCCGUCACCAGCGCAUCCACACGGGCGAGAGGCCCUAUCAGUGCGCGCAGUGCGCACGCAGCUUCACGCACAAGCAGCACUUGGUGCGGCACCAAAGGGUGCACGAGGCGGCCGGCCGCACCCCGCCCUCUCCCGACGCGCCCGCCUCGCCGGGUUCCCCUGCCCCGUCUCCCACCCCCUCCUCUCCCGGGCCUAAGCCUUUCGCCUGCUCCGACUGCGGCCUGAGCUUCGGCUGGAAGAAGAACCUCGCUACGCACCAGCGUCUGCAUCGCAGCGAGGGGCGCCCCUUCGGUUGCGAUGAGUGCGCACUGGGCGUCACCGUAGACCCCGCCGCUGCCGAGCCCUUGGCCUGCAUGCCCCGAAGCACACCGGCACCCCAGGGCGCUCCCGCAAGCGAGCGGUCCUUCUUCUGCCCGGACUGCGGGCGCGGCUUCGCCCACGGGCAGCACCUGGCGCGGCACCGGCGGGUGCACACCGGCGAACGACCCUUCGCCUGUGCGCAGUGUGGCCGCCGCUUCGGCUCGCGGCCCAAUCUAGUUGCCCAUGCCAGGGCCCACAGCGGCGCCAGGCCUUUCGCCUGUGCGCAGUGCGGCCGCCGCUUCAGCCGCAAGUCGCACCUGGGCCGCCACCAGGCGGUGCACACGGGCAGUCGGCCCCACGCUUGCGCCGUCUGUGCCCGCAGCUUCAGCUCCAAAACCAACCUGGUCCGCCACCAGGCCAUCCACACGGGCUCCCGUCCCUUUCCCUGCCCGCAGUGUGGCAAGAGCUUCAGCCGCAAGACUCAUCUGCUGCGGCACCAGCGCAUCCAUGGCGAGGCCGCCCACCCCGCCUCCGAUGCUGACCUCGCGGCCCCCGCCUGGCCCACUCCCCCCGAGGUGGGGGCGCCCCCGCUCUUCUUCUGAGCCUCGUUCUCAUCAGGACCCUUCCUUGGCCCACUGGUUCGAGAGACCCAUGCCCGAGAUCUGGGCGGUAGAGGACGGUGGCCUGGACU